CAAAUCCCAUCAUACCAUUCAAAACUUAGACUCCUCCUUGAACAUAGAAAAAAUAUGUCUAUCCAAGUCUCAGGGGCUCCAUCCCAAAAUGCCAAAUCAGAGGUUGUUCGCCGGACAGCAAAUUUCCAUCCAAGCAUUUGGGGUGACCGUUUCAUCAGCAAUACUUCUGUAGACAAGGAUAUUCAUUUCCGUAAAGUAUGUGAAGUUGAAGAGCUGAAAGAUGAGGUGAGAAAUGAGCUUUUUGCCACAGGUCAUCUUUCACAACAGCUGGGUUUAAUUGAUGCACUCCAACACCUUGGCGUCGCUUACCACUUUGAAAGAGAAAUCCAAGAAGCUCUAGAACAUAUAUACAUGACUUUUAAUGACAAAAUUGAUGUUGAUGAUCUCUACAAAGUUUCCCUCAGUUUUCGACUGCUACGCCAAGAAGGAUUUAAGGUUUCAUGUGAUGUUUUCAAAAAGUUCAAAGACGAAGAUGGUCAAUUCAAGGAAAGCUUGACCAAUAACGUUGAAGGCAUGCUAGCCUUCUAUGAAGCUACACAUCUGAGGAUGCAUGGAGAAGACAUUCUUGAUGAAGCCCUUGAGUUCACUACCACUCACCUUAAGUCCAUAGCAUCCCUUAUAGGCAAUCCGUUGGCAGCACAAAUAACUUGUGCCCUAAAGCAGCCCUUGCACAAGGGCAUACCACGGCUAGAGGCUCGGAAAUAUAUUUCUUUCUAUGAACAAGAUGCUUCACAUAACAAAGUUUUGCUCAAGCUUUCAAUAUUAGAUUUCAAUCUAGUGCAGUCAUUGCACAAAGAGGAACUUAGUUAUAUCACAAGGUGGUGGAAAGAUUUAGAUUUUGCAACGAAGCUACCUUUUGCAAGAGAUAGGAUUGUUGAAUGCUACUUUUGGAUGGUCUCGGUCUACUUUGAGCCCCAAUAUUCACUUGGAAGAAAAAUAUUAUCCAAAGUUAUUUCCAUGACAUCUAUUCUAGACGAUAUAUAUGAUGCUUAUGGCACACUUGAAGAACUCGAACCCUUCACAGAAGCAAUUGAGAGGUGGGAUAUUAGCUGCAUAGAUCAACUUCCAGAAUACAUGCAAAUAUGCUGUCGUGCACUCUUUGAUGUAUUCGAAGAAAUUGAAAAUGAGUUGGCCAAGAAAGAAAGAUCACACCGUGUUAGCUAUUAUGCAAAAUAUGCUAUGAAAUGUUUGGUUCGGGCCUACUUUGAUGAAGCCAAAUGGUUCUACCAAAAUUACAUCCCAACAAUGGAGGAGUAUAUGCAUGUUGCACUUAAAAGCUCUGGUUACCCUAUGCUCACAGCUAUCUCUUUCCUUGGCAUGGGUAACAUCGUUACAAAAGAGGCAUUUGAUUGGAUCUUCAGCAACCCUAAGAUUAUUACAGCUUCAUCCAUAAUUUGUAGACUCAUGGAUGACAUGAAGUCACAUAAGUUUGAGCAAGAGAGAGGGCAUGCUCCCUCAGCAGUCGAAUGCUACAUGAAGCAACAUGGUGUCUCAAAGCAAGUAGUCCAUGAAGAAUUCAACAGGCAAGUUGCUAAUGCAUGGAAGGACAUUAAUGAGGAGUGUAUAAGACCUACUGUUGUUCCCAUGCCUCUACUUAUGUGUGUUCUUAAUCUUACACGAGUAGUAGAUGUCAUUUACAAGGAAGGGGAUAACUACACGCAUGUUGGAAAAGAGAUGAAAGACAAUAUUGCAUCAGUGCUUCUAGACCCAAUACCAAUAUAAAUGGGGUGACAAAAUAAGUAUCUGCAUAAAGAAUAAAGGACUUGUCCAUCAAAAGAUAAAUAAAUAAAUAAAUAAAAUAAAGGACUUGAAUACGAUCCAAGUCUGUUGAUGUUCUAAUAUAUAUAGGGCCCAUUUAUAUUGAAGAUAAAAGGAAAAUCUUUGUUUUUUUUUUUU